AUGCUUCAUAACGUCAUCAUCUUCCUGUGUGUUUUGAAGAUUAUCACCAUUUCGAGUUCAUUAGAAGCUUGUGAAGAUGUUAACACAGCUGUCUGUCAUAUGAUGGCUGCCAAAGACUCUUCUCUGUGUUCCAAGUCUUGUUUACGGUCACUUUGUAAACGAUUCUGUGGGACUUGUCCUGCUCACACGGAAUGUUUCAAGUGCCGUGAGGUCAACAACCCACUGGAUUGCAACACAACAACGACAUGCGCCAAACUGGACGAAACUUGUAUUGUCAGUGAGUACUCAGACAGUUCUUCACACGUACUCUAUAGAAUGGGAUGUGCGCCGAAACAGAUAUGUGUAGACCACUUUGAUUACAACGACACUACAAAAACAACAGAAACACAAACGCCUGUCGACCAAGUCAACGGCGCGUGCUGCGGUACCAACCUUUGUAACAACCAGACCCCCAGGAGUCUGAUAAGUGCCGGUAACACAGAUAAUACAAGCGUACCUGCGUCUACCGAAGUCCCAAACAGACUGUCUGACAGUCUGUACGCCAGGUCGGAGUCGGAGUGUGCCGACAUGUGGCCAGACAUAUGUAAUACCCUGCUCCAAACUGUCCCGAGUAUUUGUGAAGUGCCUUGUGUAGCAGCUCUCGUGUGUCCUCGGACAUGUCUGAGAUGUCUGUCGUGCCAUACGUGUGCACGUGCUAAUCGACCAUCAGGAUGUAACCAGACCAUGAUCUGUGAACAAGGCCAGCUCUGUUACUCUAUAAAGACGCUCAGUUCGAUGCUUGAACAUGGAUACCGCCUUGGAUGUAUGGAUAAAUAUAUCUGCGACAGAUUCCACAAAGAAGCGCCCAUAGCUUUCGGUCGAAGGCGGCAGUCGUUGGAGUUGUCCCUACACGGAGGUUGUUGUUCCACCGACCUUUGUAACAACAGGGAACUAAGGGGCGACGUGGCGACAGUGUCUGCGUCGGCGGCCUCAUCUACGUCGACGAUGACGACGUCAUCCGACUCUGGGACAUCAACAACAGCAAGGUCAUGUCCUGCCAGCCGUACGACGUGUUCUGAUGACUUCACGCGACACGGAACAGACUGUUACCACACCAGUAGACAGAGUAUGGAUUGGGAGAGUGCUAAGGGUUACUGCCAUGAAAAAUGUGCCGCCCUUGUAAAAUUCCCCACAAGUGAUUUCGCACUCCAGGUGUUGCAGCAGCUGUAUGUUAGUGGUGGACUCGCAGAGUUAUACUUCAUGGACGCUCAGUACAAUCUCCACACUGACAGCUGGAAGUGGAGUAGUACCGGCGAGGCUGUACCCAACUCUCUUCUCUCUCCACCCAUCAACACAACUGAUAUGUGUGGUACAGUCGGUGUCCGACGCUACUACCACGGGAUCGACGUAUAUUUCAAGUCGACCAACUGCUUAUCCAAACUUCCUCCGAUUUGUCAAAAAUCUCUCUCUAAAUAAAUAAAAGGGUUUUUUUUCUGAAGAUUUGUUGCUUCAUGAUAUAACAACCCGUUGUUAUGUAUAAUUUUACGAUAAAGAAUAACAACCUGU